ACCUCACUUUUCCCCGGGUGUUGUCCGCCUCCCCCGGCACACACUCACACUCACGGCUGCUUCCAUCUAUCCAUGCAGUUCACUUCAUUGUACUGCCUGUGCUCAUCAAUUAGGCAAGAAUUAAGCCGUUUUAGAUGCAAUAAUUGUCUCUCGGCGCUUCGAAGAGGACUAUAAACCGAGGACAGAGGCGCAGAGAAGUUUUGAGUGCGAGAAAGCGGAGAGAAGCGACACACAGGGUCCGCGUGUUUGUUGCAGCCAUGCCCUCAGUGAUGGAGCGCUCGGGGGCCGGUGUCCUGUCCAGGAGCAGAGCCAAGACUGUAACCAACGGCAACAGCCAGCCGCACUCUGAAGAGGAGAGCAGCGAUGAAGAGCAUGCCCAUGACAGUAUGAUCAGAGUGGGAGGAGACUACCAGGCUCAGAUCCCAGAGUUCAAACCAGACAGUCCAACCCGCUACAAUGAGAAGGACCAGAGGAGCAUGUUGGUCUGGUGUCCCAACAGUCAGCUCUCUGAUGCAAUGUUGGAUGAGUACAUCCUGAUGGCUAAAGAGAAACAUGGAUACAACAUGGAGCAGGCUCUGGGCAUGUUGUUAUGGCACAAGCACGACGUAGAGCGCUCGCUUGCCGACCUGGCAAACUUCACCCCCUUCCCAGAUGAGUGGACAGUGGAGGAUAAAGUGCUGUUUGAGCAGGCCUUCAGCUUCCAUGGAAAGAGCUUCCACCGCAUCCAGCAGAUGCUUCCAGACAAGCUGAUCUCCAGCCUGGUGAAGUACUACUACAGCUGGAAGAAGACCAGGACCAGGACCUCUGUCAUGGACCGACAGGCCAGGAGGCUGGUCAGCAAGAGAGAGAAAGAUGACAGUAACGAUGAGAUUGAGGAAGGAGACCCUGGCAGUGACAGUGACUUUGAGAUUGACACCAAGAAAGAGGCAGUGAAACAGAACCCAAACAACGCCAACCCUGACAAGGCAACCCCCAGUCGCUCUGGGCCAGUGAAGAAGGAAAAUAUCGGGGCUCAGUACCGCCACCACCCGCUCAGAGCCCGCCGCAGGCCACCCAAAGGCAUGCACUUGGAGCAGGCAGACAUCAUGUCAGUGUCAGCCUCCCACGAUGCCGGGGUGGUAACUAUACGACAGCUGGACACACAGUUGGUGUCACUCAAGAGACAGGUUCAGUCUAUCAAACAGAACAACAGUAGUUUGAAACAGGGCUUAAAUGAAGGCGUUGAAUCUUUCAAACCUGCUGAGCCUGCCCCUAAGAUGAACUCUCGUUGGACCACAGAGGAGCAGCUCCUGGCUGUGCAGGCUAUCCGUCGUUAUGGAAAAGAUUUCUCAGCCAUCGCUGAGGUGAUCGGGACCAAGACACCCGCUCAGGUGAGCUCGUUCUUCGUGAGCUACCGGCGCAGGUUCAACCUGGACGAAGUGCUGAGGGAGUGGGCGGCCGAGCAGGUGGCCACCAGCCGAGACCAGAGAGACCCCAGGAGGACCAGCGAGGAGAUGGCAGCUGCUACAGAUGGAGCUGCCGAGGAGGAUGAGGUCAAAAUGGAGGACUCUCCCUCGGACGUCGCCGGCGGCUCCUCUCCCCCCUCCUCCACCCAGACCCCCUCCUCUCUGUCCCAGCCUCCUCCGCUGCUGCGCCCUGCACCUCCCUCGGCUCCCCCUAGCCUCCUCCGUCAGCCUCCUCCUCUGCAGACGCGCCCGCUCCAGAACCGAGCGCCCCACAACCACCCUCCGCCUCCACUCAUCCGGCCCGCGGUGACCACCUCAUCCUCUUCCAGCGGGAGCUCCAGCCUCAGGGCUUCACCUCCCAGCUCCUCUUCUGCUGCAGGGCAGAUGCCUCCGUCGCUGGUUGGGCUCAAAGUGGAGCAGCCCAACUCGCACUGAUACACACACACACACACACACACACAAAUAUAUAACAGUAGGAAUAGAAACACACACAGAAACACACACACACACAGAAAUUAGCAUGCAGACAAACAUACAAACACAACGCUUUCUCCUCAGAGAAAAUUCCUUCACCCUGUAACUCUGUCACUCCUAGUCUUUGUUCCUGGGACCAUCACACACCACAUGACCACAUGAUCCACUGCACACGCUAAGGUCCCAAAGGUGACAUCACAGCUCUUAAAAUGCAGAAAGAGUGAAAGGACCCCGGCCCCCCGCAGGUCCACUUAGUGAGGCAGUGGCCUGAAGCCCCUUUACUGUACUAACAAACACCUACCUCCAGACCAUUGUUCACUAGCACACACACACACACAACAAACAAGCUAGGAACUCAAAACAAACACUACCUGCACACACACACCUCUCUGAACAACACAUAAAGAGACACUGGAUCGUCAAGCUGUUGAAGAAAGCCGUGACCACAGAGAGUGAAACCCACCUGCUCGUUUCCAUGGCAACUGCUGAACAUCUGGAUUGUGGAGGAGUGUGGUUGAACACACACACACACAUACUAUAUAUAUAUAUAUAUAUAUAUAUAUAUAUAUAUAUAUAUAUAUAUAUAUAUAUAUAUAUAUAUAUAUAUAUAUAUAUAUGAGUAGGUAUCAAGUCAUCCAAACAACCUUCAGGAAAAUCAAAUAAUGAAAAGGCGAGGGCGAGUUUCCCACACGUGAGCCAAACCUGCUCCUCCUGAGAGGUCAUGUAGAUUAGAAAGUCAUUCAGAUGGAAGGAAACAAUGUGAAGAAGCAGGCCUUUUCCUACACAGCUUUAGUUUAAAAUCCUCAGAGGAGCAAAGAAGGUACUUUUGCAAAGAAACCAGGCUUUGUACUCAAAGCUGUGCUAUGAGUUUACCAUUAUGGCUUUGAAUAGUUGAAGCUGUUGGUUCAAAAAUGGAAAAAAAGAAGAGCGAGAGAUCACGCGUCUCCCUCUUCUCUCAUAGCCAUGUAUGACUAGUAUUAACUGGAGUGAUGUUUUCCCUUUUUUGACUAGACUUUUACAGUGAGCCCUAGGUAGGCAGUUAGUUAUUGUAAGUAGAUUAGAUAGUGUAUACUUUAUUAUGAUGAUGAUGAUGAUUAUUGAUGAGCACUGAGGAGAAAAAGAGCCUUCAAACACAUGUGACUUUGACUUUGUCUCACAUUUCAAGAAGCCACAGCUUGUUUCUCACUGGCACAGUGUUGAAGUCCCACUGCUUACUGUCUCCUUACUUUGGAGCAAAGUUUUUAGUCGUCGACCGCUAACACCGGGCGCUGUGAAGAGCAGCUGAACAAAACAUCAGCCUCUGUGGAAAAUCUGCGUAGGGGGCAGAUUUUUAAAGCAGGUUUACAAAGUGGAGGGGACGCCUGACCUUUCCUGACCUCCUACAGAUACACUGAAAAAUAGAAUAUUCUGCCAAAGUCUGCUAUUGCUUUAAAAGCUCAUUGUAAAGUGAUUUGCCUCCUGCAGGUUAGACACAGGAAAAGUAGAAAAACAAAAGUUGGUUUUGAGAAAUAAUUCGGCAUGUUGGGAAAUACACGUAUUUGCUUUCUUGCUUAGAGUUAGGCGAGAAGAUUGAUACCACUCGUGUCUGUAUGGCUUAUGUGAAGCUACCACUAGCAGCUGGCUAACUUAGCUUAGCACAAAGACUGGUGACAGGAUAAAAGCAUGACUGGCUCUUUCUGAAGAUGACAAAAUCCUCCUACUAGCCAAAACAUACUAAUUAUUAUAUUUUAAUUUCUGUUUUUUGUUUGUUUUGGACAUUUUCCUGGCAGGAACCAUUUGCUUCCUGGAGUCUCUGUUGGUUGCUGAGCAGCCGGUUGCGACCAAGAAGUAGUCCGUAACCCUGAUUUGUCAUUUUAACACUUUGGUCUAUAAACAGAUUUAACAAGAUACAGCAUGUGGAGUAGUGACGGUUAGAUGUGCUUGUAGGUGGAUUUUGUUACCUUUGGACAGAGCCAGGCUAACUGUUUCCCUUUGUUUCCUGUCUUUAUGCUAAGCUAAGUUAGCCAGCUGUUAGCAGUAGCUUAAUAUUGAGAGUGGUAGUUAUCUCUCUGCAAGAAAGUGAAUGUUUACCAAAAUGUUGUACUAUUCAUUUAACAUUUCUGUAGGAGAACCAAACUAGCACAGGUCGGGGAAGAGGAUUCAAGGUCAGUGUUUUGUUACCCAGCACGUCAGAGUAAUUUCAACAGUGAGUUAACAAAAGUGAGGACAACCCUGAGUCCAGUAAAGGCAGCAUUCUCUGUGUUAGGUUAAAGUCCUGUCUAGGCACAGAAGGAGGUCAGAGAGGUCAAAGUCAAUCUGAAAAGUUGAUUCAUUCAGCCAGUGUACUUUCAGGAUGUGCUGCUUCUCACUCAGCUACCAUACAGCUUUCUGCCUCUAGUUAGAUGACUGCUUGUGUUCAGGGCUCGGGGUGAUAUCGGCACCCUCAUGAACAAAUGACUGAAUGAUGUUCCGCUGUGCGUAUUUGUGAUUUCUUUUGAACGUCGUCUGCCAUACAGAAUCUUUCCUCUCUUCAUAGUCUAGUUGCCUGUGUAUCACUGCCGUUUCAAGCAGAUCUGGGAUCACGAGUCAUGUGUAAACCUUUUCUAAUCUGUUCAGUGCUUCUCCACUAAUUCAGGCCUUCAGUUCAACGCGGCACUGAGCAGGAAUCAAAGCGGCCCAUCACUACAUUUGGCUUUAAAGUGGCUUGCCUUUUGACUUUGCGUGGACUUGUUUUUCUUACAGUUGUUCCUCCCAAAAACUGCUUGUGUGUACUGUAUGUGAGAAGUUGUUUACAUUGUGGAAACUGAACUGUUUGUGUUUGAGAAUUUUUUUUUUUUUAGAAUAAAGA